AUGAAAGAAGCGGUAGAGGUUGUAGUUGUUUUAAAGAGUAGUGCGAGACAGAGAGACAUGGAGGAAGAUAUUAGAAAGAAGGGUAUGCUAUAUUUGCAGCAGCAAAGAUUCGGAAAGAAGUGGAGAAAAGUAUGGUCUAUUCUGUACCGAGAAAGCUCCUGCUCGAUCUCACGGCUAGAGUUUUUUGAGUGUAAAGAUGGCGGAAACAGCACGUUGGAGAGAUCCAAAUGCAAGCCAGACAACAAAAAGAUUAUCAGACUGAGUGACUGCGUCCGAGUGUCCGAGGCUGCGGAGGUAGACGGCUGCCCGAAGGACUGCAAGGCUUUCUUGGUGGAAACUACUGAAAAGACAUUUGUCUUUGCUGUAGAAAUGAUUGAACUAGAAGACUGGAUGCAGAAACUGUGUGAAAUUGCAUUUCCUAUGAACUGGAGUGAAAGAGGUGCGGUCAGAAGGAACAGUUUACCCCAGGACUCAGACGACGUCUCCAUGACGGACAACUUGCUCUACUGUGGGAAAGAAGCUGCACUGAGGGACUUCAAGGUGGUAAUCAGACGUACAGAUGCGGCGGAGAGGUGUGGGCUGAAAGGACAUUACUUGCUCCGUACAGACUUUGACAGCUUGCUCCUGAAGGAGCCCAAGACAGGAGAAGUGUAUUUCACCUGGCCUUAUCGGUUCCUUCGUCGGUUUGGACGAGACAAGACAACAUUCUCUUUUGAGGCGGGAAGAAGGUGUGACUCCGGUGAAGGCAACUUUGAGUUUGACACCAAGCAAGGCAACAGCAUUUUCCAGAGCGUGGAAGCUGCCAUUAACUUACAGAAAGCUGGAAUUUCACAGCAACAGUCUUCAAAUGGCACUCGAGAAACUUUACCUAUGCCACAGCCUCCCAAAGUAACUCCGCCCACAGAGGACGGCUCUACCGUCUACAGCAUGCUGAGUGAAACGGCUAUGAAGGACAAAGCCAGACAAUCUCCGCCCCAUCGUUCCAGACUGGAAACACCUACAGAUAAACACCUGACUGGGGUUAAGAGUUUAAACCUUGACACGAGGCCACUGCCGAGAAAGAACCAGGUCAAGAACUUCCGCAGCUGUCCUUUAGCCAACACGGAAGAUGAGGCCUAUUCCCGGGUCACGGCACCACUUUCAGAUAAAGAGAUUCCAGACCGAGUCGUGCACGAAGAGCAACACCAAACGCUUCGUGCAUGUGCCAGUUCCCCAGACCCAGAGUACUCGCUUCCAUUCGACAACAUCAACAAGAAAGUCAUGAUGGACAUCUUGGCGUCAUCACAUUUGGGACCACAGAAGGAACCUUGUUUGAGUAAUGAAACUACAGACAGUAACGAGAAGACUGUAGAACCACUUUAUGACAGUAUUGAUGAAUCUGCCAUCAGGUCUUUCCCACAAAAACCCAAAAGACAUUCAAGUAAAUAUCCAGUGGAACACAUUUACGAUGAACCCGAAGGCUGCGCCACGACGCCUCAUGCUCCGACAGCGCUCUACGAUGACCCAGAGGAAGUCCGUGGUAACGCGUGGAGGACCCUGGGUGCUGUAAACGACCCGAGCGGACACGAGUUCCCUUACAACGCCCACGUAGAUGACUACGCCGUACCCAAACCUCCCAGGAGAGCCAGAAUUCCAGAGCAGGAAAUCAGGAAGAUAGGAAUACAGGCUGAAGAUGACGAGGACUCUUCUCCGUAUGAUAACGUGAUGGUGAAAAUGAAAACUAGUUCUCUAAAUGAAUAAACCUGCACAUCCUUCCUUAGUCUGUUGACUUUGUGGAAGUCUUUCAGAGCCGAGCAGGUCGUGUGUGAAGAAAGGAAAAAGACCUUGUCGAUUUAUUUUUAUGAAAGCGAGCAUGAAAAGACACUGAACUAAAGAACACUCGGUUCGACGUGGAAGGAAUAAAUCCCGUGCAGCUGAGUCACACUUACGACCCGCGACUGAUUAUUUUCCCGUAACAACACGACCCCAAGUGUUUUAUUUCAGCUGUGAUCCUUUUUCUAUUUAUUACAGAACGACACCCUGAACUUUUUGUCCAUUUUAAUAUUUACGCACCGAGCACUGAGUUUCUUCCUGCCAUCACGUAAGACACAAAAAGCAGCAGCUUGUCAUGUUACUGAGAAACCGCAGAAAAGAAGUUCCAGUGCUGACGCUGGAGACUCCUUCCAUACACCCGCAUUUUAACAUGUUUAUGUAUCAUGUCUCCUGUACCAACCCCUGGGAACAAGCUGUUACUAUAGAAACAAGUGCAUUAAUACAAAUGAAAUUAAUAUAAACCUGUGACUUUGUAGCUGCACUACUGUCAGAGCUGCUGUUAGGGAAAAUAAUAAUCAACGCCUUCUGACCAAUCAGCAUACAGAAUCAGGAACUUGGCAUGGAAGGAAACUUUGUUUAUUAUCAGUAAUCAGAGUGCAAUUUGUAAGAAGUCUGUAUAUAAACCUGGUGAGUUAUUAGACCAUGUGACCAGGAUGUUAAUGAGUUUUUGGGAUAAUUUAAUGUCCAUGUUGUUGAUAGAAUGAUAAAUGAUAAAAAAAAAAAAAAAAAAGCAAGACGCAAAAUUUCUUCGUGUGUGUAUGGUGUGAUGAAAUAUAUGUUAUAAUUGUGUAUGAGAUUGUGUACCACAGCUUUUUUUCCACACUCCCUGAAGCACACACUCAUUUCUUCCAGUGUGAUUGAUGUCUUGGGGAAAUUUUAGCUUGGGUGUUUCAGUGCUACAUGGCUGAAACCACACUGACCUUCUGCAGCGAAUUCACUUCAGGCUAUAAACAGCAUCAUAAUUCAGUCGGACCUGAAGCUGUGUAUUACCACUUCUCUUUGUAGAUUUCUGUAACUGUGUUGAAGGUUACGGUCAGUGCUAGUUAAAGUUCUCACGAGCUGUCUGAACCCGGCGGUGCUUGGUUCCUUAUCCAGGCAGUGACCGUUUUGUGUGGUGACACUGUGUGGUGUUCAUGGUGCAUGUGGACUCGCAGACUAAUCCCUUUGUUUCCAGGAAUGUGUGAAUGACAUGAAUAAAACGCUGAAC